CACUCAACACCCAUUUCACACCACAAAUUCAGCAACACAUCACUCUAAUUAAUUUCUUAAUCUUUUCCUUAAUUGGAUAAAGGUUUAUAGGCUUAGUCAUUGCUUAUAUGGGUUGUCUCCACCGUUAAAACUUGUUCAAGGAUUCUAAUCCUCAUGCUUCGUGUGUUUGGUUUCUCCCCUCAUUGCAUUUCCAUAGUGUUUUAGUUUCUCAUGCAAUCUCUUUGGUCAAUCCGUUCCCCCGGCCCAGCGUUAAAUUCUAUAACUCUUUCUUGUUUUCCGGAAUCAAAACUAUUCUGAUAGGUACAAUUAUUUUGUUUUACAUCUGGGGAUAUUUAUAUAUUAAGCAGUUGAUAUUGUUAACCAGUGGGGUUGUGGUCAGUCGUCUAAACUGGAGUAGUUGGGAGUUUUAGAUACUGUUGUAAAUGGAGUGCAGCUUUUUUAGUUCCAAGUGUAUGCCAAUGUCCGAGAUAGCAUACAUGGAAAGGACAUAUUCAAGCCAGUUUUUGAGUUUCAGGCCAUUGGUUGAUGUUAAGUCGACCCCGCAGUUCUGUUUUAGCAGAGGUAUAUCUCCGAAGGCUUCUUAUUCAAGUACCCCGAAUAACACCUAUUUGCCAAAGAAAGCUCUCAGUUCAGUUGAGCAAGAAAAACUUGGAGCAGGGAAUUUACUAUAUCAGAUUAAUGGAUCAAAUUCAAGUUUGUUCACCAGGAAUAUGAGAAUACUCGAUGCCUUUGAUGAUGAGUAUGGUGGAGUCAUUGUUGAUACAGAAAGAUUACCGCCUAAUCCAAAUGUCUUUGCAUCCAUGCUUCGUUUCUCACUUUCUCACUGGAAGGCGAAGGAAAAGAAGGGAAUUUGGCUUAAGUUGCCAGCGGAAAAAUCAGAUCUUGUUCCAGUUGCUGUCAAGGAAGGAUUUGAAUAUCAUCACGCAGAGAGAGGAUAUGUAAUGUUAACUUAUUGGCUACCUGAAGGACCCAGCAUGCUUCCCGCUAAUGCUUCACAUCAAGUAGGGGUUGGAGGAUUUGUCAUCAAUGACAAAAAUGAGGUUCUUGUAGUACAAGAGAAAUACUGUGCUCCAGCAUUUGUUGAGCUUUGGAAAAUACCAACCGGUUUCAUUGCUGAGUCAGAGGAGAUUUUUACUGGAGCUGUAAGAGAAGUCAAGGAAGAAACUGGGAUUGACACUGAGUUUGUGGAAGUAGUAGCAUUCAGGCAUGUGCACAAUGUGGCCUUUGAAAAGUCAGAUUUGUUUUUCAUCUGCAUGCUAAAACCACUAUCAACACAGAUUAUGGUUGAUGAUCAUGAAAUUCAAGCAGCCAAGUGGAUGCCUUUAGUUCAGUUUGUGGAGCAACCACUGAUUCAAGAAGAUUGCAUGUUCAAGAAAGUCAUUGAUAUCUGCAUUGCCCGCCUGGGAAAGCGCUAUUGUGGAUUGUCUGUACAUCAAUUGGCUUCUAGAUUUGAUGAUAAAAUAUCUUCUCUGUACUAUAAUGUCGUUGACUCACAAGAGAUCAACUGUAUAGGCAACUGAACAAUUCAAGAUCACUGCACACUGCUCCUUUCUGCCCUUGUCAUUGCCUUGUGGAAAUGCGUUUCUUCUUUGCAUUCAAAACAAGGGUAACAGUCCAUGGAGCCUGUCUCUAUAUUGAGAAGUACUACCAUUUUUGCGAAGAAGGCAGCUAAUACGUAACCUGUAAUUGCAAAUAUAUUUUUAAUGGAAAUAUGCCUUUGAAUGUAAAAAUAUGGUUAGUUUAAUUUUAGAUGUGUGAUAAUCGCUCUUUUUCAUUUUUUUUUUCAUUGCUUAGAUGUUCGUGUCUCUUUUGCUUGAUAAAGCACAAACUUUUGGCAAUUUUUAGAAGUUUGAAGAUUCAGAAUUGAUC